AUAUCUCAUGAGCUCGACUUCAUAACAUUCAACUCGACCUCAUAUCAUUCAACACCAGUUACUACUUUCUCUAUUCGGAUCAAAAAUGGUUGCGGAAAACAACAACAAGGAAGUGGCACUCUCUGCCUCAGUGGAGAAAAACAACAUGAAAGAACCAAACAUUCAUCUCGAGGUUCUUCAAAAGGAACCAGCUGCUUUGGUCAAACCCGAAUCUGAGACACCAAAUGGUCUAUACUUCUUGUCGAAUCUUGACCAGAACAUCGCCGUGAUCGUCCGUACAAUCUACUGUUUCAAAUCUGAGGAGAGAGGGAACGAGGAAGCAGUACAAGUGAUCAAGAAAGCUCUGAGUCAAGUACUUGUUCAUUACUAUCCUCUUGCUGGACGCCUCACCAUAAGUCCUGAAGGUAAACUCACUGUGGACUGUACUGAAGAAGGAGUUGUGUUUGUGGAAGCAGAAGCAAACUGUAAGAUGGAUGAGAUUGGUGACAUCACGAAACCAGACCCUGAAACAUUAGGGAAACUUGUCUAUGAUGUUGUAGAAGCCAAGAAUAUUCUUGAAGUCCCUCCUGUUACUGCUCAGGUGACUAAAUUCAAGUGUGGAGGGUUUGUUCUUGGACUAUGUAUGAAUCACUGUAUGUUCGAUGGUAUUGGAGCUAUGGAGUUCGUUAACUCAUGGGGUCAACUCGCUAGAGGCUUACCAUUAACAACUCCUCCUUUCUCGGACAGAACCAUUCUCACAGCUAGAAACCCUCCAAAGAUCGAGAGUCUUCACCAAGAAUUCGAAGAGAUCGAAGAUAAGUCGAACAUCAACUCUCUUUACACCAAAGAGCCAACUCUCCAUAGAUCCUUCUGCUUUGAUCCAGAGAAAAUCAAGAAACUUAAGCUCCAAGCAACAGAGAACAGCGAAUCUCUCCUAGGUAACUCUUGCACGACUUUUGAAGCUUUAUCUGCAUUUGUGUGGAGAGCAAGAACCAAGUCGCUGAAGAUGUUGAGCGAUCAGAAAACGAAGCUUCUCUUCGCCGUCGAUGGUAGAGCCAAGUUUGAGCCUCCACUUCCCAAAGGGUAUUUUGGGAAUGGAAUUGUUCUCACAAACUCAAUCUGUGAAGCUGGAGAGCUAACCGAGAAACCUUUGAGUUUCGCUGUUGGAUUGGUCAGAGAAGCGAUUAAGAUGGUAACUGACCGAUACAUGAGAUCAGCCAUUGAUUACUUUGAAGUAACAAGAGCGAGACCAUCUCUUUCUUCGACUCUUCUGAUCACUACAUGGUCGAGAUUAGGUUUUCACACAACAGAUUUCGGUUGGGGAGAACCGGUUUUGUCCGGUCCAGUAGCUUUGCCUGAGAAAGAAGUGACUCUGUUCUUGUCUCAUGGAGAAGAGAGGAGAAGCAUCAAUGUGCUUCUUGGACUUCCUGCUUCAGCCAUGGAUGUGUUUCAAGAACUGUUUUUACAGAUAUGAUGUUGAACGCAAAAGACAAAAGAAUAAAAUAUUUGGCAAUUAUUGUCAUAAACUAUUUGUUUUCUCCGUUUUUAUUUUAUUUUUGAUUUCUGCUGAAUUAUUAUUAUUAUUACUAUUGUUAUCUUCAUCUUGAACUUGUUUGUAUCCUGCAUAAAAAGUUUAAACCAGAAAUUUAUAUAACUCCAA